AUAUAUUUGUGUAGGAAUUUAAAAAUUACAAUCAAAGUUAAUUGAAAGUAGUUUUUGGAAAUUAUUUUCGAAAUUUAAUUUUUUUUAUAAGUCUACAGCUAAGCCUACAUCUAAAUUUGUGUUCAAAAGUCUAUAAUAGAAAUGUUCAAAUAAAUAGAGAAUUGAAAUUUGAUAUAUCAAAAAAAUUAAUAAAUUGACAGUGUUCGUAGGGUUAAUUACUGUAAGAAAAAAAUAAUAUUUUUUCUUUAUAAAACACUGUUCGAUCCAAAGUACAAAAAAAAUUUUAAUAUAUCAACGACUUUGAAACGUUGUUAAAUCGAUAUUGUAUCCACUCACUUCUGUAUAAUACACUUACGUACUUUAAUGUGCGUUUAGUUUGUUAAUCUAGAACAGCAUAAUUCGAAUUUAAAUCAUAAUCGAAAUAAAUAAUUCAGUCAUCAGCUGUUUUAAUUUCAAGUGGACAUUUCACAUUUGUCUCGUGAAAUUAUUAUAACCAAUGUACAUAAUCUAUAUUUCAACUUUGUGAAAUAAUCCCUGAAAUGGAAUUAUAAUUUUAAAGUGUGCAAAUCUUGGUGCUAAUUUUUGUGUUUCCUUAAUUCAUACAGUGAUUUUUAAAAAUGGCAAAUGCGGUCCAGUGUAUACAAUUGCAAAAGACUGAGCUGUACAGACACAAUUCAGGGGGAGAUGUUCAGAAAUGUUAUCGAAGACCUGUAAUGCCUUUUUUGGAUUUGGGUGUUUCGAAAUUUAAAUUGUCAAGCCAUUUGGAACAAAAAUCUGUUGAAGAAACCCUACGAAAUGCAGAAAUGCAACGUAAUAUGUUACCAUCAAGAUUGGAAUAUGUUCAAAAUAGGGGAACUCAAACCGAUUAUAGAGAGAAUGAGACUCAAACAUCUCCAUGGGAACCGUCUUAUAAAAUAUCCCCAGGUCAUAACCCGGAAGUGCUGGCAUUGGCACAUUUAACAUGGAAAGAAGGACUCCCAGUUGGGAUGCACGAAGUAGAAAUAAUUAACAGGAUGAGAAUCAGAAGAGCCUGGGAAUCAAUUCUUCCUCCGAUGGAUUCUGAAACUAAUAUUAAACUUCGAGCAAGCAUCAUGACAGCUUUGGAAGCUGACCAUUGGUCUUUUAGAGAAGCUGAGAUUGAUUUUAUAAUGAAUAUGCGAAUGGACCUAGCCCAGAAAGUAAUGGAAAAUAGAAACUACAAGUGGGAUGAGAAAAGAAAAGAUCGUUUUAGAAAACUCGGCAGUAAUUUAAGCCAAAGACGGGAUAAGGAAAUACAAAAUAUAAGGCAAAAGUUUGGACGAGAGCUUCGCAAAUUGUCCAUGAAGCAUCGUUGUAAAACGGGGAAAAAAUACAAAUGCCAGGAUAUUAUAAAACAACAUGCAGAUCGAGCUUCUGAAUUGUACGCACCACAAAUGCGAUUUGGUGAAAAUCCUCAGAGACGUCAUGAAGUUUUUCUAAAGAAGUUUUUUCGAGAGGAUUUCAUUGAUAGAGCCGAAAAGGUAGAUACAAGACCAAAAAACUUGCCAACAAUAAAAGAAUUGAAAUCCAUAAAACCAAAGGCCAAACCGGAAGAGUUGUGCACUCGAGAGACGAGAUGGAAUGAUCAGAAAUUGGAAGAACUCUAUGAAGAAUUGAAAAGGAUCAGAUUAAAUGUAGAGCCAGUUGAGUCGACACAUUUUUUUGAACGAAAGCCAAAACUACAAAAUGUUCCAUCGACGCCUUUGAGAGUUGGAGAGAAGAAUAUUGAAAAUGUGUUGGAUCAGUCUGCUGUCUUAAUUCAAAAAACAGUCAGAGGCAGAGCGAUUCAGUUCAUGAUGUUUGAAGGUCGAGAAAGGUGUCGAGAAUUAAUCAAAGAACUUCGAUCAACUCACGCUCUUCAACAUCACGACAAAAAGUCCCUCCACAAGGAAAAAACGAAAAUUUUGAGUUUGCAGCAUGAGGAAAAUUUCAGAACGAAGCAGGAGAAUCGCUUGAGUGAAAUUCUGAGUUCUCUGGAAGGCAAGGCAGUUUCAGGAAUGCUGGAUUUCUUAAGCAAAGAAUUGUUGAGGCUUCAAGAUGAACGAAGAGCGCAUGCUUUUGCAUUGCUUGCCGAAAGAGAAAGGGCUAAAAGAGAAACCGCAGAAGCUGGAAGAAGACAAGUUGAACGUCAUCGACGAAGAGAAUUGGACGAAAUUUUCAGACAAAUGGUUAAAGUCAAUCAGGAUUCGGUGGAAACGUAUCUCGAAGAUAUUAUCAAGGAAGGAAUUGAUUGGGUUUCUGAAAAAGAAGCUAAAGAAUAUGUUAUGACUCUAGCUGAUAAAAUAGAUAGGGUUUCAAAAUACGCUGCUGCAAAUGCUGCAGAAUUGGAUGAGGAAGAAAUGGUUUCUGAUAUGGUCUACAAUUUCGUAUUGCCCGAAGUGGAGAAAGAGAUUGUGAGAAAAAAAAUACGGGAUAAACAACGAGGAUAUUUGGGAGCAGCGCAUGCAGCAAUUUAUAACGAAAUUUUAGAUCUUCCGACUGGAGAAGAAUCAGAAUUAGAAUCAGAAUUUGAGAAGACAUCUGAAAAGACUGACGAAGAAGAAUCGAUUAAAGUUUCAACAUCCGAAACAGAAGAAAUUCUCGACCAGGGAGAUUACAAAAAUAUGAUCGGGACCGUGAUUGACCAAAUUAUGUCUUACGUUAUUCCAGGCGAAAACGAGGAUCUUAUUCGUGAUGUAUUAAACCAAGCAAUAUCCGAAACCUUGGAAACUGAUCAAGCCGAAUCGACAAAUGAAUUUUCAAUUUCAUCAGAUUCGAUCUUUUCCGACUCGCCUUAACCAAAUAAGUUCUAAAAGGUGUUGAAUUCCCAGCUCUCAGCAUUUUUCUCAAGCGAUAUGAAAAUAAAAAUGGCCUCUAUUUAAUCUUUGCCACAACUUUUAUUGCAUAAAGCCUCAAGUAAAUUUUUACAAAUCGUCAAACUUCGCCUAGAGGAAAGAGGAAUACAAUAAAAGCAAGGCAACGUUCAAGCUUCUAUGACUAAUGAAUAUGCAAAUAAAAUUUCAGUUUAACCCUAAAAUCAUAUUCUAAAAUAUUCGUUAUUCGUUAGAAACCAGUAUUGAUUAGGAAAAUAUUACUGUGUUUGCAAUAAUUUCUUACUCCUUACAACAACUUAGUCAUUUUUUAAAUGGAUUAGAAAAAAUUGCUAAUUACUCGAAAAUUUGCAUUCUUUAUUAAUUUCGCCGUG